AUGUCUAGCCCUAUCUAUCUCGGCGUUGUUGGUGUCGGUGGUGUUGGAAACGCAUUCCUCAACCAGCUCGCCCGCUUCCCUAACCCUCCGCAACUCGUCCUCCUUGCCCGUUCCUCCCAGACCCUCCUCGCUCCGACACCGGCCUACUCCCCGGCCAUUCCCGCGGCCGACUGGGCCACUGCUUCUGCGGCGCCCUCAGUGACCAGGACCGGUGCCCUCCCCGCGGAGGAGAUUGCCUCGUACCUUGCUGCUGCGCCUGGCCGUGCCAUCCUCGUCGACAACACCUCCGAUAUCAACCUGGCCCGCUCCUACCCCACAUUCCUGAAGAAGGGCAUCUCCGUCGUAACCCCGAACAAGAAGGGUUUCUCCGAUGACCUGUCUCUGUGGAAGGAUAUCUUUGCCUCCGCGGCUGAGGGCAAGGCUCUUGUGUACCACGAGAGCACCGUCGGCGCAGGUCUCCCCGUCCUUUCGACCCUGAAGGAUCUGGUCGCGACUGGCGAUGAGGUCACUCGCAUUGAGGGUGUCUUCUCCGGCACUCUUUCCUUCCUGUUCAACACCUUCGCACCUGCCUCUGGCUCCUCCAACGCCCAAUGGAGCGCCGUAGUCGCCCAGGCCAAGGAGCUGGGCUACACCGAGCCCGACCCCCGUGACGACCUGAACGGUAUGGAUGUUGCUCGUAAGCUGACCAUCCUGGCCCGUCUGGCUGGUCUGGAGGUCUCCCGCCCCGACUCCUUCCCCAUCGAGUCUCUCAUCCCCGAGGAGCUGGCUUCGCUGCCCUCCUCCGCCGACGGCAUCACUCAGUUCAUGACCCGCCUCCCCGAGUUCGAUGUCCAGAUGGGUAACAUCAAGGACUCUGCCGAGAAGGAGGGCAAGGUCGUCCGAUAUGUCGGAAGCAUCGAUGUUGCUAGCAAGGCCGUCAAGGUCGGUCUGCAGUACUUCGACAAGGACAGCGCUAUUGCUGGUCUGAAGGGUAGCGACAACAUCAUCAGCUUCUACACCAAGCGGUACGGCUCCAACCCCCUGAUUGUCCAGGGUGCUGGUGCUGGCGGUGAUGUCACUGCCAUGGGUGUUGCCUCUGACCUGAUCAAGGUCAUGGACCGCCUGCGCUAA